AGCCUGCCACUGCUGCAGCGCUGUGGGCAAGGGGCUCGCACACUCCGUGGACUUGCUCCAUCGAGCUGCUAAUGCAAGACAUUUUCUGGAGGCGACCGGUGUGCCCCUGGCUGGCUGCUGGUGUGGGCUAACAAGGGUUAACCGCUCUCUGUCUGGCCCCCUCCUCCUCUGUGCGUUCCUGUCAAAGACCUGCUCCCUGGCCAGCCAGGGCUGGGAUUAGGCUGUGAGCCGGCUGGCGGACACCCUGUGCAGGAAUCAAGCCCCGCUGUCCGCAGGCAGCACCCACGGGCGCCGCGCAGCCCUCCUGAAGGAGCUCCAGACCUGAAAGAGCAGCAGGCAGGGGUGGGAAGAUUUCAAAAAUCUGCAAGUUCAAAAUAACCUUUGAAAAGCCCCAACCUAACAAAAUAUCAACACUCUUUAUUUUUUUCUUUUCCUGAAAGACUGCAAGCAUUUUAGUUACAAUGACUGUUCAGGAGCCAUAUGGAAAAAUCAGUUCUGUCCUGUUAAACUGGUUGCACAGUUGUGGUUUUCAUCUGUCUACAGAGAUCUGAAAAGUCUAUGUUGUUUUAUUGUACGCUUUUUCAGCAAAGCAAGCAAGUGGUCUGGGGAUCAUCUGGCCAGAAACACACAAGUACUGAAGAUGUCUUGGUGCUGGUUUUAUCUGCCUCUCCAUCUUCUCAUGGCUGCUUGCUUGUGUCAUUCCAUUAAAGCACCCACCAGCAGUUUGCAACAGAGCUUCAAGAGCAACCUCUUCAACUUCUACCACUCUCUGCUUCUUGCCGAUGGUAAGGAAACCACAAUUCACCUGCUGAAGGAUAUUCCUAAAAGAUACUACUUUGUUCUGGAGGAGGGCAGAGCCCUGGCACCUUUCUCAAUAACAGUGACCCCCUGUGAUGUUCCCAUCGAAUGGAGCAUACUUGUGCACAAGGCUUCAGCAAGCCUCCUUGGAAAAGUAGCACAAGGUGAACAUGAUACACAAGAUAUCUCAAACACCCAAAAGGCUACAAGCUUUGUGUCGACCAUUUUCAACUACAAGGGAAAUUCUGUCGAGACUUACAUGGGCAUGUCUUCUCAUUCUGCCCUCUACAUGCUGGAGUUCUUAUCCACCGAGCGUGAUACGCACAUCACUGUGUACUUAACAACUGACACAACAUCUGGGCACCUCUAUCCGGAACUGCCGCUGGAUCCACGCUUAGAUGUGGUUGGCAUUGGCCAUACAACAGUGACUCUGACCUGGAAACACAGUCCCUCCGUCUUGCAACAUCGAGAAAACAUACAGUACUGUCUCCUAGUUAAUGAAAAGCACAAUUAUAAGAGCUUGUGUGCUGCUGAGACAGCAAUCAGAUCUUCUGGAAUGAAACUGCCAGCUACAUUAGCUUUGUCUCUGUCUCCGUACCUUCUUGAGCCACAGCAGGUGAUGAUAUUGUCCAACAGUGAGUUGAGCAUCAUCAACAGAGUGAGCAGUGGGGAAGUCAGGCAGAUAUGCAUGGGUACCAAGAACACUUACACUGUGCCCAACCUCAGUCCCAGCACUCAGUAUUAUUUUGACGUUUUUGUUGUCAAUCUCCUCACAAACGCCAGUGCUGCUUACACUGGGACAUUUGCAAGAACUCUGGAAGAACCUGAACCUAAGGUGAUGGAGCUGAAAGAUGGGAAGGUGGUUCAGGUUGUCCUGGAUGGAAAAAAGCAGAAAUUCCACACUCUGCAGUACCAAGCGAGGCACAAGAAAGUACAAUUUACCUUUCAGUUGUGCCGUGGUCAGGUACGGGUUCACAUAACAAAGAAUGGUAAAACAGUGGCAUCAGAAAACAUUUUGGGACUGAGAUAUUUGUCACUGAAAGGAAAGCUGCUGGACAUGUACCUGGUGCAGCUGAGGUCCACAGAGGAAUCCAACUCUUCUGUGAAAGUACAGGUCUCCUCUCAAUUCAACAAGCCCUUAUUCCCACUUCUUCCAGAAAGCUUAAAGAUCAAGUCUUUCAGCAAACUGAGGACCUGCAAUUCCGUCACCAUCGCCUGGCUAGGAACACAGGAGCAGAGCAAGUACUGCGUGUACAAGAAACGGAUUGAAGAAGAUCAAGUGUGGACGGAACUGCGGAGCACAGACAGGUGCUCUGGACCUGAAUCUCGGCACAAGUCAGAGAAAGUGCUGUGCAAGUAUUUCUAUGAUGUCAAUCUCCAGCGAGCUGUCACCACUGAGACCAUCAAAGGGCUGGAUGCCGGGACGCUUUACUUGUUUGAUGUUUAUCUCAUCGGGCCAUCUGGCAUCCCUGUCAGAUAUCACAGCAAAGUUGUGAAGACCAGGAAAAAGUGCUGAAGGUUCUUCACAAAAUGUUUUGGAAUGAAUGACGACUUAUCAAAACCUAUGCCAAUCCAUGCCAUAGCCCAGACAGUUUAAUAUAUGUUGACAAAAAAAGUCUAAAGCUGUGAGAUUCUGCAGAGGAACGAUCUUAGGUUAGACCAUUACGCUUACUUGUGCAUCUUCUCCUGCCUAAGUUUUUCUCAGCUGUCUCAUUCACAUAACAAAAACAAACUUGAAAUAAAUCCAUGUACAUGGAAAUAAAGUACCCACAAUGGCACCCAUGAGAAAUAGAUCAGUUACCUAAAAUACUCCUAAAACCCAACACACAAGUGAUGGGAGAUGCCUCUCAAGGAGCACACAUCGUUAUUGUUGAAUUCCCACAGAGUUUUCCACAACAUGUAACUCCAUCACUUAAUGAAGAACUGUGAGACCCAACAAGCAAAACUGUUUUUGAGAAAUCCAACUUCCCUGCUGCUUGAACAGUUCGCAGGGAUGGAGACAAAAAGAAAAAAAAGCCGCAGAACUAGUGUCAAGCUACGACAGCUCAAGUAGUGCAGGCUGAAAUACUUUCCCUACUGCCUGCAUGUUUGCUUGGUUUUCACUUCUAGAGAGAAACUGUGCUUGGGGAAAAAACUUGGGCCAGGAACUGCUUCUGCAUCCAGUUUUACUGGGGAGUAUAAAAAUACAGUGCUCUGCUGCUACCCAUUGAGGAAAGGAAUAAGUAAGGAAUCCAAGCAUUUCCUUCCCAAUAAGUUUUUUGUUUUUUUUUUUCCCUCCAAUCUACAGCUUCUGAUAUCAAGCCUAUGUCUAUUCCUGUGUGACUCCUGAGUGUGAUAUACUUGCUCUUUAUAUUCCCAAUCCAGCCUACAUCAAUGAAUGUGUUGCUUUAUCAAAAAAGUAAAUGUGGUUUUCCUUUUAGAUAUCAUUGAGGGAGAAAUAUUUGUAGUAAAAAGCCUGACAAACUUU